AUGGGUAAUGAGGAAGAGAAAAUUUUGGCGAGCCGUUUGCCGGAAAAAGAACCCGGCCUGGCAAAAGAUAAAACUCUAUGGAGUUACACAGAGGCAAGAAUUGCCGACAUAAUCGCCAAAUUUGGAGACAAAGACAUGUGGAUCGAUGGAGCUACGGAUGAGAAGAUAUCUUUUCAAAGUUUUCUGACCAUGGUGAAGAAAACUGCUGCUGUUUUGAAAGAAAAGUAUGGAGUUGGACCAGGGUCGGUGAUGUUAGUGUGCUCCAAGAAUGACAUCAACUUUUUCAUUCCCGUUUACGCCGCUGUUGCUCUGGGAGCAGUGGCAUUUACAGUACCUGAUUAUUCCUCCAAUUGCAUUCCGACUCACUUGGCCGAAGAGAACGUGCCUGUCAUUGUUUGCGAUCAUUCGUCAUUACUGGAGAUAGAGAAAUAUGUCGACGAGGCAUUUGAGAAAUCAUCUGAUGAAGAUCGGGUCAGAUCGCAAAUCAUCUUGAUGUCAGGAACCCAUGCGGGUUAUCUUGAUACGUAUGGAAGCACUGAAAUGAUGCUGACUGUUUCGUCUUCCACGUUGAUGUGCUCAGAACAGGAGGCAGGAUUGGGUGUUUUGUCUCCACGAACCAAGUGUAAAGUCGUUUCAAUUGUUGAUGGCAAGAGUUUGGGUCCAUACGAUUGCGGGGAAUUCUGGAUACACACACCUUUCCUGAUGAAGAAUUAUCGCAACCGCCCUGAUCUGACUUCAGCGGCAGUCACUCCAGACGGUUGGUAUAAAACAGGAGAUUAUGGCUACUAUGAUGAUCAAGAACGCUUUCACAUUAAGGACAGGGUCAAGGACUUGAUUUUGCUGCCGGAUGGAAAAACAUUGGUGUCGCCUUCUACCAUUGAGAACUUAGUGUUGCAACAUGAGGCUGUGUUUCAAGUCGGCGUGUCCGGAAUCCCUUCUACCUCUGGAACUGGAAAUGUUCCUCGUGCUUUUGUUAUUUUGAAGCAGCAUGUUCAAGACUUGGUACCGGACGAUAUUGUGAAAUUUGUUGAAGGUUAGUUGGAAGAUUUGAAUAUGUUG